CGGGGUUGUUGCAAGGCAACACAACGCGAGAGCACACGUUUAAGGUUGCCAGUCCGGUGUCGCCAAGCGGUUAACCAAAAUGUCCAAAGCGCUUAUAUUCACGAUCGCUUCUCUCGUUCGGUUCAAUCAUUUAAAAUUACGAUGGUGUUUACUCAUUGAAUUAUUUUUUAUUCGUACAUACAACACAGGAACAAAAGAUUAAUUAAUAUAUGGUUACAAAAUGUUUCAAACGACAACUUAUAGUUUAACAGUAUUACUACAGACACAUUUUUGAUAGUAGAAAAAAACGUCAAAAGAACAAUGGAUAAAGUCUAUAUCACAAGUCACUAAAGAUAGAUUUAUAAGAAUUAAACAAAAUGGAUGACACAAUUGUAUGCAAUGAAUCACUGAAUGAAAAUAUAAGCCUAAAGAGUAACACUUCGAUUGCAAUAGAUAGAUGCAAUAGUAAUGAUAACCAUACGGAUUUGUAUAUAGAAUCUACAUUUCUAUACGAUGUGCCCGUAAGCAUAAUUGUUCUUCUGUCAAUGUUCUAUGGUACAAUUUCUGUUAUGGCAGUGGUUGGCAAUGCUUUAGUAAUAUGGAUUGUGACUUCAAGUAAACGGAUGCAUAACGUAACCAACUUGUACAUAGCAAAUUUGGCAUUAGCGGAUAUCGUUAUUGGUCUAUUUUCAAUACCGUUUCAAUUUCAGGCCGCCCUAUUGCAACGAUGGAAUUUACCUGCUUUAAUGUGUCCAUUUUGUCCGUUCGUACAAGUACUUUCAGUUAACGUAAGCAUUUUUACCCUAACCGCAAUUGCAAUUGACCGACACAGAGCCAUUCUCAGUCCACUCAGCGCAAUACCAUCGAAAUUCCGAGCAAAAAUAUCAAUAGCCACCAUUUGGGCGAUAGCUUUUGUGCUCGCGACGCCAAUGGCGAUUGCUCUCAGAGUGCAAUUCAUCGAAUACGGAGAUAGAGACGGCCGGAAGUUGGUCAAACCGUUCUGCUACAACGUCCGGCUUCCAGAGCGCUCUAUGCUAUUCUACAGGGUAACGCUUCUGUUUGUCCAGUACCUAGUUCCCGUUGUCAUUAUAACUGUUGUAUAUAUGCGAAUGGCAUUACGGCUGUGGGGCUCACACGCACCAGGCAACGCGCAGGAUAGUAGAGAUGCAAAUCUAAUGAGGAACAAAAAAAAAGUCAUAAAGAUGCUAGUUAUUGUGGUUGGAUUAUUCGUUUUAUGUUGGUUACCGUUACAGACGUAUAACGUACUUCAAAAUAUAUUCCCAUCAAUAAAUCAAUUUCGCUACAUAAACAUUGUUUUCUUCUGUUGUGACUGGCUGGCAAUGAGCAACAGCUGUUACAACCCAUUUAUCUAUGGAAUAUAUAACGAAAAAUUCAAACGCGAGUUCCGCAUCAAAUUGAGGCACUUCCGACGCGGUCGUUUUCGUGGCAAAUCAAACGCGAAUCAUGGGAAGUUUGCUUCGAUGCGGUCCACCACGUUGUCUGAAUGGAAAAGAGGUUAUUCAACGCGAUGUACGGACAGAACAACAGCGAACGGCGUGUGCGUGGAUAGCCCCCCGCCGAGAAGGGACGAGCUGGAAAUGUUCGUAUGCAAAUCGGGCAAAAUCACGUUGAUUAAAUGCGGCAGUCGUUCAGACCUUGAAGAACUGUGUCUGUAAAAAAAAAUGCGUCUUUGGAGACAAAUUCUAUGUAUCGUAAUAAUAAUAAUAUCGUGAUGACCCGUACAAAACGUGAUGAAGAUCGUACCGAGCUUGAUUCAGUGGUGUACGUCAUACAAAAACAAUAAUAUUGGAUAUUUAGUUAUAAUAAUGAUGCCACCGUGUUUGUUCUUAGAGUUUGCAAAAGCAAAAUAAUACUCCUUUGCCCAGCUACAUAAUACCAUGAUAUAUUAUUAUUACCGUACAGUUACACCGUUCUACGUAAUAUGUAAUUACAAAAUAAAACAUUGUAAAAUAAUUCUGUUUAUAAUAGAAACGAAUAAUAAUAAUGCGUUUACCACUGUUGGAAUGUUUUUUUUUUUUUUAAUAUAUAAUAAUAAAUAUACAGAAUUAAUCGCCAAUCACAAACACACCCGCUUUUUUUUUCAAUAAUAUAUAAUAAGGUAUGUCCUAAAAAAUGAAUAAAAACAGAUAUAAUAUUAGACUUAGUAUUUUAUUAUGAUCGGGUAAUUUUACUAAUUGUAAAAUAUUAAUCAAUAAAGUCAAAACUUGAUGAUUUGAAAAAACCAUCAAAGGCCUCAUAUCUUCUAAAUAUAAAAACAAUUCGUUAGAAUUUUGAUUUAGAUACAGAAAAAAAAUCACAUAUAAAUAACAACCAACAGAAAAUUAAUUCAUUCAUUUAAAAAAAGAAAUUAGAUCGCCAAAGGAUACUCCAAAAUAGAUAUAAAAAAUAUAUCUAAAAUUCCUAAAAAUUAGAAUUUAAAUAAUUUUAUUGUUGACGGAACUAAUGGGGGUAGCGUGUUUGGUGAAUAACUCUGUAUACAAUAUGUAAAUAUUAUAUUAUAUUACAAAAUGUUAUAAAUAUAUAAUAUUUCCUACUGUCUACAGUCUAUAAUAUGCAAUUGUAUACA